AUGAGGGAGCAGUUCGUGCGCGACCUGUUCGGUGCGACGCAGCAGGAGCGGGCGGGGCAGCCGGCCAGCAGCGACGGCGAGCCGCCACGCGUGCGGAGGGACAUGCGCUUUGAGGAGCAGCUGCAUCACUUUAUGUGGAUGCCGGAGAUGCUGGCGGACAUCGAGUUCUACUUCGCCGUCACGAUGCUCGGCAUGGCAGAGAAUCUCCUGUCGCUCCUGCUGUUGCCGCUCAAGUUAGUUGUGGUCUUCCCACGUUUUGAGCGGCGUGAUGUCGUGGCGCUAGUUUUGAUUGUUGUUGGCAUUCUCACGUACCACUUGCUGGCACUCUACACAAAGCAGCUGUACGCCUACUUGUACCACGUGGUGCGGCGCACGUCGUUCAUCAAGCUCGUGAUGGUGUUCAACAUUCUCGAGGUGGCGGAUAAGCUGCUGUCGGCGCUCUCGCAGGAGGCCAUUGAGGUGCUGACGGCGUGUGUGCAGGACUGGGGCGAGGCGGAACCCCCGCCGCCCCGUGGCAACGGUGUCGCGCCAUCCUCGUCGUCGUCGUCAUCCUCAUCGUUGCUGUCAUCGUUGUGGCUGCCGGUUGGCAGCGCCGCCGUCUCGGCGCUGUGUGUCGCCACACACUCCGUGGUACUUCUGUUGUCGGUCGUGACACUCAACGUGGCGGUGAAUGCGGAGGGGCACCUUCUUCUAGCGCUGAUGGUUAGCGCCAACUUUAACGAGAUAAAGGGUGUUGCGUACAAGAAGCAUAACCGGGAGUCGCUGCUGCAGGUGGCUGCGGCGGACGCGGUUGAGCGGCUGAAGUUCUUUCUCUUUGUCCUCGUCAUGGUGAUGCAGCACAUGCACGAGCGCUUCCACGUGCUCGACGUCGCCGACACGCUGCUGGUGCUGCUGGCGGAAGUAUUUAUUGACUUUACAAAGCACCUCUUCGUGGCGAAGUUCAACGGCAUCUCGCUCGGCGUUUACCGCCGCUACUCGCAGCUGACGCUGCUCGACAUUGCGUCAGAGACGGUGCUGUGGCGUCUCUCGGGCGUGUGUGCGCGGUGCGUCGACGACCCGCCGGCGCAGACCCGCGACGUGAAGGCGCUGCUCUCACCGAGUGCCGGCUUCUUCCCGAAGUACGUGCGGCGCACCGGCUUCAUCCCGGUGCCGUACGCGGCGCUGCUGCUGUGGAGCCUCCUGCCGCUCGCCCGCCUGCUGCUGACGCAUGCGCCGCUGCUCUUCGUCCUCGCGCUCGCCGCCGUCGUUCUGCUGAAGACGCUGGUGUCGGAGUUCAUCCGCGGCAUCGCCUCACGCUUCGUGGUGCGCUCGCUCAUUGUACCGGGCAGCGGCAGCGCCACCUCCGGCAUGCUGUUCGGCUCCUCACCACUCAGCACACCGUCGCUGUCGCCACGCAAACGCGGUGCGGAGAGCGGCGAGCGCGUUGCGACGCUGCAGCUGACAUCAUUUCUCUGCUCACUUCUCACGCUCGACCCGUUUGACCUGCAGGCAGGCAAAGUGAAGCGGUAG